AUGACCACCAUCGAUGCAGACGACAUCCUCGAGAAGCUGGAGGCGCUUGAGCGCAACAGCGAAAUCUCAAUCAUCAAGCUGAGCGAGCCGAUCUCGAGCGCCUACUCCCAAGAUGCACGACAAAGGACAUCUGAUGCAUCCAACGCCUCCCUGGACGCACCGACGCCGGCCAGCCUUGACGCCGACCUCCAGCAUUACAAAGAGCUUUUCUCCAAACUACGAUUCUCCUACGUUGAACAGGUCACCAAAGAAAAGUUCAUUCGCGCCAUCGUUGGAGACCCGCCUCAUAUUGUAACGCCGCAGGAAAACCUGGAAUUAGAGAAACAGAAUUUGGCGGCUAAGACGCAGCUCAAGGCUCUCAAGAUUGAGGUUGCUGACAUGGUGGCCGAGUUGGAGAAAAGAGGCCGUGAUUUGAGCCAACGAUACGACAAUGUUCGGGUCGAGAAAGUCAAGCUGCAGGAACUUCCUGGUCAAAUCGAGGGGCUAGAGAGUCGGGUCGCGGAAUUGAAGGAGACGCAAGAGCCCGGCACGAACCCGUACAUCAAUCUGCCGCUCGCCAAGACGCUUGAACUGCUGGAUGACAAGCGGCGUCGGCAGAAGGAGCUGGAUCGCGAACUCGAGCAACUUCAGUCCAAGGUGCCGAGGAAGAGGAAGGAGGUGGAAAGGUUAGAAGCUGAAUUGCAACCUCUAGAAGUCAAGAAGCAGACCAGCACGACCGCUGCGAAGGAUGCAAAGCGGCGCAAAGAGGCCGCACUGGGCGGUGUGGAAGAUGACUUGGAGGAGCGUGGCCGAUGGCUCAGGGCCACCGAAGCGGCCCUCAACAACAUGCUUGAGUUGAAAUGA